CCCAGAGAAAAAGAUCGAAACUUUGACAUCCCCUGCCACCUUCUUCUCCACCCACCUCCAAACGAGCAUAAAAAGAAGACUUUUGGUUUGGCGUUGUGAAUCCUUAUAUGACCUCCUGAGAAAACCCACCUUCCAUAGGCUCCUCUACCCUGUAUACUUUCAGUUCGUUGCUGGCUUUUCACUACCUAGAAAGGAGAAGAAGCAAUAAUAGAAAGGAAAAGCUUAGGGAAGAAUGGGGUUCAGAUUCUUCUGCUAAGGGUAUGUUUGUUUGCUUGCUGUUCUGUUUUCACCUAAGCCCAUUUCCCCUUGUGAAUUUUCUUUUCAAAUCAGAGAGAGGGGAAAGUGAAGUGGGUAGUGGGUACCUCUCUGAUCUCACAGUCUCACUUCCCUUUCAAACAAAAAAAGAAAAAAUUGACUGUCAUUGAUUCAGUCCAACAGUUACUAUCCAGAAAGAGAAGUCCCCACUCUCAGUUCUGUAUCCAACAAACUCUCUGCAAAAAUUUCCCUUCCGUCCUUUGUCCUUAUUGCCAAUUCUUCCUUCUCAUUUCUCUGUGAUUUCAAAUCCAAGAAAGAGAUUAGAUACCCGCUACUUGUUCUUCUUAUCCCCACAUGCGCUCUGUUCUUCACUGCUCCUCUUCUUCUCUCCUCCUUUUCCACUCCCUGAGACUCUGUUUUGAAGUUUGAGCUGAAAAGAAUGGAGAAACAUUCGACAAUAACCACAUUGACUACCAGAAGGCCAAAGUGGAAAUACGCACAGCCACCGCCGACCCCGAGAAUCCUGCACCUGCCUCGGAGGCCUCUUCGCCGGAAGAUUGCACCACCGGCUCCGGUGCCGUCGAAACCGAAGGUGGACAGGAGAGGGAAGUUGGAGUCUCUGUUUGAUCAGGAGAGGGAAUUUGCAAGAGGAGCUCUGCCAAUUCUAAUGGUGAGGGACGAAGGUGGUGGUGGUGAAGUAGCGGGAGUGGAGAAGAGGAGGGAGAGGGUUGAGGAGAGAGAAAGCUCGGUGGCGGCGGCAGUGGUGGAGGAAGAGAAGUGGAGGUUUCAGGCUGAGAUGCUGAGGGCGGAGUGUAAUGUUCUCAGGAUGGAAAAGGAGAUUGCUUUGAAGAAAGUGGAGAGGAGGAAGGUUAGGAUGCAGAGGACUCUGCAGUCUGCUGUUCAAACUCUGCUCUCUGGGAGGGAAAGGAUUAGCAACGGGGAGAAUGGAACGAUUGAGUUGGAGACAGAGAUUGUGCAAUUGGCAGAGAAGCUUGAGAAGCUACAGAGGAGAUCAAGUAAAAUGAGCAAAGCAUCCAACUCUAAUGGAACUAUCAAGAGCAGCAAUUUCGAUAAGCGAAUUGCGCAGAUUCAGGAGAUGGCUGAAGCAAGCUUGUCAAUCAGAAGCAGUACUACUACUACUACCACUACUAGUAGUGCUGCUGAUGGGAAUUUCAUCUCAGAAGCCAACUGCAAUGUCGUGCAGAUUGAGAUACUAAGGAGGAAAAUGGAAGGAUUAUCGAGGGGGACAUUGUUAGAGAGGAUGGAAGACGAGUAUGGAUCGAUGCUUUCGACAGCCAGCACCUCUGCAGCCAGCUCUGCCUCCAAUUCCAGGAGGAUUGAGCUUCCUGAAAUGGCUAUGGCUACUGUUAGACAUCCAUACAAGGAGAGAAAGAGCAGGGAAGAACAGCAGCAGCAGCAGCAAGCAUGUACGGGAAGCUGCAAGGCGAUAGUACGGAGAGUGAUGGAGCAAGUUAGGGCCGAGACAGAGCAAUGGUCACAAAUGCAAGCAAUACUGGGGCAGGUUAGGGACGAGAUGGAAGGGCUUCAAGUUUCGAAACAGUUCUGGGAAGAUAGAGCACUCGAAGCAGAUUCUAAACUUCAAUCACUACAUUCAUCCGAGCAAGAGUGGAGACAGAAAGCUGGUUCAUUCGAGGACAGAUCGAAGGAGCUCGAAGAACAAGUUUCCGAGCUUCAUAAGGAGAUUGAGAGGCUAAAGAAGGAAGCAGCUAGAGAUAAUAGAGCCACUAGACGACAAAAUUUACCAGUAGGAACUCCCAGUGAGAUGGAGAAGCAGGUUCAGGUGUGCUGGAUGAAGGAAAAUCGACACCAUGAGCAACAAGAAUUCAGGCUGAAGGACGCGUUAAGAGAAGAGAGAAGGAAGUCAAUUUCAGCAGGCGUCGGCAGUGGGCACAAGAGAUCUCCAUUCAGAGAUGUUGGCAACUCAGUACCAUUGCCACUGCCAAAGCAACCGUUGUGGCUGUAGAAAACAUGCAAACGAAACAGAGUUCUUUAUUUCUAUAUAUGUGCAUACAAAAAUAAAAUUAGCAUUAGCAG